AUGCCCCCACCAAUUCACUUCCCGAAAAUCGAUUACCGUGGUGCUACAGUCGAAGACUUGGACAUUCGUCCUGCUAUUUCCAUCAACCCCUCAACAUCUCUAUCGAGAGCCAUGGAGGUGGCUUUUGAGAAUGAGUUUACAUUUUUGCCUGUCAUAGAUGAGGAGCAUAAGACUCUUCUUGGUGUGUUGAAUAUGGAGGAUUUAGAAAAAGAAAAAAUAGCAAACUCUCAAGUUGAGCCUAUAGCAAAGAACUACAUGCUUUGGUUCAGUCAGAAGGCCAGGGAAAACUACGAAAAGAACUACUCGAAGAAGACGGCAACUCCUCUCAAUUCGAAAAUAAUGAAGCCCAAGGCAGGCAAGGGUAAGCACUAUCAUGUGCUUACUCCAUUAACACCCUUAGAAAAGCUAGCGGAUUUCUUCAAUGCUGGUAACUAUUUUGCCAUUAUCACGAAUGGCGAAGGCAGCUUGGUGUAUGGUGUGGUCACCCCAGAGGAUCUUAUUAAGUUGGCGACUUGA